AUGAGCGCCCUCCUCGCUCGAAAGAGCGUCAGACGCGCCGUGACCACCCUCCUGUGCGCAUGCGUCGUCGUCCUCGAGUUCGGCGCCCAUCCGUGGGCCAAGUCGGUAGAUUUCAGAAUUCAAGCGCCCAGAGCUCCUUUGCCUUCGCCGAGCUCGAGCGUAGACGCCUCGAGCGGGUCGACUCUUCGACAGAAGUUUCAUCAACGCAUCAUUGGAGGCGACGGUCGAUCGAUGUCGAAGUCGUCGCGCACGUCGACGCGGUGCGGGGAUUUCAUCGGAUACGCGUGGACGGUGGACGCGUGGACAGUGGACGACUUGGGUGAGCGCGUUCGAUUGGCGGUGCGAGCCAAGAAGGUUGGGGCGAUUGAUCUCGUGGCGAGUCGAAUGUUUGCCUACGCAGUGUACGCGCGAACGGGGGCGCGGGCGCAGGGGCUUCGAGAGCGCUUUGUUGACGCAAGCGGCGUCGAGCUUCCGAUUGGUUUUGAGAGCGAACGCGUGUUGGAGACGACGGUGCUCGGGGUGAGAGAUUUAGAGAAGAUUCCGGGAGCAACUGGCGAGAACGGGAUCAUAGAUUUAGUUGUUCGCGUUCGAGUGUGGAGUAAUCCGUUCCAUGUCGUUUUCAAGCACGAGCUCUUCGACGCGCUGACAACAGUUGGCAGUUUGGCGUAUGCCUUCGUCGUGCUCUGGCGAUCGACGAAUGAGAUGGGACACUGGCGCACGAAGCGUCGAACGAUGAAAAAGGUUCGAACACCACACAAGGAUGAUGUGCACGGGGAGUUGUAUCGACUUGCGUUGGUCAUCGCGCGCGUGCCAAUCAGCACGGCUUUCGACGCCGCUCACCUCCCACUGCGCGCGCUGAACGUCGUGGCGGACGCCACUACGGACAUUAUCGUCGAGACGGCGAGCUUGAUUUCGCUCGCUGUCAUGUUCCUGGCGCCUCGAACGAAUGUCUCCGAGGAGGCGCCGGCGCCAGACACGUACGAUGACCGCGGAAAGGCUCAACAGCACCAUUUGAAGGCGAGCAAACUUCCUCGGCGCGUUGAUCGUGCUUCUUCACAUAAAUCGUCGAGGAACGAAGUACAUGCGCGACAUGCGAAACGAGCAUCAGUCGAUGUUCUCGACCGUCGUCUAACGUUCUCUCAGGCCGAUAUAGACGCCGAGCAGCGCCGGGCAGAGCGCGAAGCAGCAGAGGCUCGCGAGCACGCUGAGGCACAGAUUCGAGCAAAGAUGAAGCGGGCACAUAUGCGAGACAUGCACGUUUCCAGCUCCCGCUAUGGGUCGUCAUCAAAAGAUCGCGAUCGUCAAGAGAGUUUAGAGCUGCGCGGGCGUCAAGAAUCGCUCAUCCAUCGUAUGCUUCACGAGAUCGACGACUUGGACAUUCCCGAAGAGAAGGAAACCAUCGACGAACCGCCGACGCCGAAGAAUCAACACGACUUUGCCGGCCUCUUCUCGUGGAACGUGAACGAUACAGAUUCGUUAUCGUAG